UCAGAAGAUCUCUGCGAUUUGAUGUUCAUACCGUCUGUAAAAUAUGAUCAAAUAAACGUGAUCGCUUGAAUACUAACGUUCUAGAGAAAGUGACUGAAAACUGUUGCCAAAGAAAUGACAGUUUACUUUGACCACCGAGUCCAACCACCAUCAUCUGGUGCUAACGUCGACAUCGCAUGGCAUCCUACACAUCCCUGUUUGGCCGUAGCUACAAGGCCUGAUGUUGGAGGGGGCUUUGUUCAAAUCUAUAAUGAAGAGGGUGAACCAAUCGAAACCUCCAACAUUCAGAGAUCUUGUUCCUCAUCUUCCCUAGCCUGGAAUCCAGUCAAGCCCUCGGUGGCCAUUGGUUGGGAGAAUGGAGAGAUCACUGUGUGGAGUGAACAGCACCAUGAGUUGUACGAGUCGCCCAAGCUACACAAAGGGGAGGUCUGCCUGAUUGUUUGGAACGAUGCUGGGAGCCGUAUACUAACUGCAGACAGGACGGGGCUGAUUGCUGUGUGGAAAUGUGACGCACGAGGUCGCUUUAGUUCGACGCCCCUUUGCAAACAAGAGCUGGAUCAGACAACAACUCAAUGCGUGUUUCAGCCGGGAAUCAGCUCAGAAGUUGCAGCCGGCAAUCAGAAGGCACUGGAUAUGUUUUGGGAUAAAUCCGCUCUGAAGCUACCAGGCUCCAACAACGAUGGACUGACUUGCUAUAUUGGUGGCUCGGAAGGUAAAGGCUAUUACAUCGAUGAAAAAGGAAGUUGUACCCAGGUCUUAACGACAGACGGCCCCAUCAAGAAGAUGCUGUUUAACAAACAUCGUAACAUCUUAGUGAUCAUCACAAAGGCUCUCAUGCUAACUCAGUACAGCCUGUCGUCAGACGGCAAAACAAUCGAAACCGUCAAGGUGAAGCUGAGCGGCAAAGUAACUGAAACAGACUGUGAUAUGGUGUGGGCUGGAAAGGGCCUGCUAGCAACAGCAAGCGGAGAAUGCGUCAUCAGAAUGUGGGACCUCGAUAAAGACGAUAAUUACGUCUUGGCGCUGGAUAACAAGCAGGGAUUUGAGACUGGAGAGUGCAUUAACUGCGUGGCUUACUCCUCAAAGAAAGGUGUAUUGGUCGGUGGGACUGACAAGGGGCGUGUAGCCAUGUGGAAGUUUGCUCCAAUGACGGGCAUCAUGGCACGGAAACAAGAAGGGGAAACCAAAUGGAAACUUCAGGCCCCAUCUAUCUUGGAGGGAAACAUAUUACAGGCAAAGUGGGGUACCAGCAGGGACUACCUAGCCCUGAAUAGCAUCCACAGUGUGGUGGUGCUUCAUGCACAUGACAUGAGUGCACACAUCAAAGACAAGGUUGCUGCAGUACAGACAGGCCCAAGUACAAUGUGUAUAGACUUACUAGGUACAGGAGCACACCAUGAAGUCAAGACCGACAUCCACAUCAAGGGCAUCUAUGCCACCAAGGACCAUGUAGCAAUAUGGAAUGGAAAGAAAGCUGUAGUUUAUGACAUUUCAUCAUCAGUGAAAGCCGCAGGUACUUUCACCACAGACUGCAGAAUUGUGUGUCUCUACGAGCAGAAUGCCUACACCACAGAGCCUGGCAAGAUACAAGUUCGCAAUUUUCAGGGUACCGUGAAGCAGUUGAUCACACUGAAUGAGAUGGAAGGGGAACCGGUUACCAUGGAUAUCAGCGGUCACUUCCUGGUGGUCACUACAACCACUGGUUUCAUCAAGGUGUACGAUGUAUCUAGAAGAGAGGCCAAGUCUCACUGUACUCCCAUCAACCUGACGGAGUCCGUCAGUAGACUCGGUAACAUCACCAUGGGAAAGAUCAACAGCAAUGGAACCAAAGUCUGUGUCAUUACCAGCCAGGACAAUGGAACACCUAACAGUAAACUAUACGUGUGGGAUUGUGACCUGGGGACUGUGACCCAGUUUGAUCUAGCCACGGGCCGUGGUGACCAGGAAGAUUACUGCGGGCAGGAUGAUGAAAUAAGCGACACAGAGAGGGGUCGUGUAGAGGCUGCCCAUGAUAUAGCCGGCCGAUACCCACUGGCCGUUCACUGGGAUCCUCAGGAGUCUAAACUACUCAUCUGUGAGGCCAAACUCUCCGACUCGGACGACGGGGCAGUUAACAAGAAAUCCUCGCUACUCCUGUCAAUGAAAGAUUCACCGCCUGAUGUAAUGAUCAUAUCCUUGUUUAGUACCCUGGAGCAUGGCAUUGUACUUCAAGACAAUUUUGGCUUGGUACCAGCCUACAGCCACCUGCUCGGGUUACAGGUGCCAUUUUACUACUUUAUUAAGAAGGCCGGUGAGAAGAGCGAAGGUAUCCCAACCUUGUCCCCAGGUUCCUUGGUUGCUAAGCAGGUGAUGAGGGACUUCAUUGGGCUAGAGGAAGGAGACAAGAACGCUCAGGAGGCCAUGAUGAGUUUCAGUUACUUCUUGACCAUCGGUAAUAUGGACGAAGCAUUCAAAGCCAUCAAACUCAUAAAGAGCGAGUCCGUGUGGGAAAACAUGGCCAAGAUGUGUGUGAAGACGAGACGACUAGACGUUGCCAAGGUGUGCUUAGGAAACAUGGGUCAUGCGCGAGGAGCGAGGGCGCUCCGGGAAGUAGACAAAGAGCCCGAGCUGGACGCCAAAGUAGCCAUGUUGGCCAUACAGCUCGGACAGUUGGAUGAUGCGGAAAGAUUGUACAAGAACUGUUCCCGAUAUGAUCUGCUCAACUCUUUCUACCAGGCCAGCGGACAAUGGGGAAAGGCUAUGGAGACAGCUGAAUUGAAUGAUAGAAUCCACCUGCGGACAACAUACUACAAUUAUGCCAAGCACCUGGAGGCUAAAGGAGACAUUAAUGGAGCUAUACCAAACUAUGAGAAGUCGGAUACCCAUCGUUUUGAAGUUCCCAGGAUGUUGUUUGACGAACCUCAGGCGCUGGAAGCGUACAUCAUGAAGAACAAGGACAAGUCUCUUAGGAAGUGGUGGGCACAGUACAUGGAGAGCACCGGUGAGAUGGAGACUGCUCUCCAGUUCUAUGAGGCGGGCCAAGAUUUCUUAUCUCUAGUUAGAGUCUACUGCUACUGUGGCAAUCUAGAGAAGGCUGCAGAGAUUGCCAAUGAGACUGGUAACAAAGCUGCCUGCUAUCAUCUGGCAAGACAGUAUGAGAACCAGGAUAACAUCCGUGAGGCAAUUCACUUCUUCACUAGAGCCCAGGCGUACAGUCAGGCAAUAAGACUCUGCAAGGAGAACAACAUGGAGGAUCAGUUGAUGAACCUAGCCUUGAUGAGCUCCAAUGAGGACAUGAUUGAGGCAGCCCGCUACUACGAGACCAAUCCCAACACCAUGGACAAAGCAGUCAUGCUCUUCCACAAGGGUGGGCAUUUCUCCAAGGCUUUGGAGCUGGCCUUUAAGACCCAGCAGUUUGGAGCUCUUCAGCUCAUUGCAGAAGAUCUGGACGAGAGGACAGAUCCAGUUCUACUCAACCGCUGUGCAGAGUUCUUUAUGGAGCAUGGCCAGUACGACAAGGCUGUAGACUUAAUGGUGGUUGCCAAGAAGUAUGAUGAGGCUCUUGAUCUCUGCGAGCGACAGAGCGUCCCGAUCACGGAGCGCUUAGCAGAGAAGAUGACCCUCUCCAAGGACAACAAGAACAGCGAUGUACGCAUGAAGCUACUGGAGAAAGUCGCUGAUAUCUGCUUCUUACAAGGAGCUUAUCAUCUAGCUACUAAGAAGUACACACAGGCUGGUAACAAAGUCAAGGCCAUGCGAGCAUUGUUGAAAUCUGGUGAUACAGAGAAGAUCAUCUUCUUUGCCGGCGUGUCCAGACAGAAGGAGAUCUACGUCAUGGCAGCUAACUAUCUACAGUCCUUGGACUGGAGGAAAGACCCAGAGAUCAUGAAGAACAUCAUCGGCUUCUACACCAAGGGUAGAGCUCUGGACUCACUGGCAGGAUUCUAUGAUGCUUGUGCUCAGGUGGAGAUUGACGAGUAUCAGAACUACGACAAGGCUCUAGGAGCUUUGAGUGAAGCCUACAAGUGUCUGAGCAAAGCUAAGAUGAAGAAUGCCUCCUUACAAGAAGAGAAAUUAGGAGCUCUUAAGAACAGGAUUGGACUCAUUAAGAAGUUUGUCACCGCUCGAAGAGUGUAUGACGAGGAACCAGAUGAAGCCAUGAGGCAGUGUCAAGUACUACUGGAAGAGUCAGAGUUAGACAGUGCCGUCAGAGUGGGUGAUGUCUUUGGUAUGAUGAUCGAACAUUAUGCAAGACAAGAAAACUUCAAGAAGGCAUACGAGUUCAUGGAGGACAUGCGUUCCCGUAUUCCAACAGUCAAUAUGGCGUACUACGUCAACAUGCGUACUAUAGAAGCCGUGCACAGGGCUUUGGAUAUCCCAUUGGGGCGUGGCAUGGGGGCGGAGACAGCGCCCGGUCAGGGGGAUGAGGAUGAUGUGGAGGAGGAGGUACAGGAGGACUUUCAAGACGACGAGGGAUUCUGCUGAUAGUGAAAAAUUAGGUUUCAGGGUGUGGCUUUGUAGAGGGUGUGGCUGCUAAAGGCGUGACUCUCCAAAAGGGGAUAGUUAAACAAAGUGUCAAAGUAUACACCAAUCCGCGCGGCAAGUGUUGAGCACUGCGCGCCAUUUGCUGUGGUGUCUUCAGUGCCCAGAUUGUGCACCGCAGACACAGCAGUUGUUAAUUUUUUCAAUAGAGGGCGCUACCAAUUUUGUUUAGACGGAUUGGUCUAUAGGCCCCACUGGAUGUUAGCUUCUGAGGAAGCCUGCAAGAACAAAACAUUGCUAAGCACAGCUGACACUUCUUUGGAAUGAUGCAGGGUUUUUACCGUCGAUUUCACAAAACUCUUCCUAACUUAGGAAUAAUCUUAGGGUUUAAGACGGGUUCAGUUC